ACGAAACUGCCAAAACCUUGAUAUAGCUCAAGCAUCGAAGCAAGUGCCAAGGUUAUAUAAAUAAAUAUGUGAGUGUAAAGUAUCCCAGCCGGAGCAGCAACUACCUGAGUCGAUCCGAAUCGUACAUGUGAAGGUGUUAUGCAGCAAAUGCAGUUUCCGCCUUUACAUGCCUCGGAUUUAAACUCGCCUUGUCAAAGCUUCCAUUCCAAUCACCAACAUUUCCAGCAUUGCCUUCCUACUUUCAGUCACGGAUGGGCCGGCAUACCUGAACUAUUGAAGAUGGACAAUGUCGUGUGACGUACACUUACAUAGCUAGUCGGCCGCCACUUCUUAGCCUGCCUCCCUUUCCGCUGCCAGAGCCCUAUGAUCACUGACCUCCAUUUGAUACUAUCACCUUUCUUCACCCAAACAUUCCUCCCCACAGUAUUUUUCUUAUGAGAUUUUGACGCGUUGAUUAUUAUAACUUCUUCACUCUUCACGCUCUCUUACCGUGUAGGGAUCCAUGACAUCAUCCACUAACCGGGUACCUAGGAAGAAGGUAGCUAUUGUCGGAAGUGGUUCUGCUGGAAUCGGUGCUCUUUGGGCUCUGAAUCGGACCCAUCAUGAUGUGUAUCUCUACGAGGCGGCUGACCGUCUCGGUGGUCAUACCAAUACGGUAGAAUGGAAGAAGGGCAAAUUUACAACUCUGGUAGACACGGGCUUCAUCGUCCUCAACACGGCAACAUAUCCAAACUUCAUCAACUUCCUCAAAAAUAUUGGAGUAAAGACCGUGCCCACUCAGAUGACAUUCGGUGUUUCGCGGGACAAAGGAAAGUUUGAAUGGGCAGGGACAAACCUAGACUCUAUAUUCUGCCAAAAGAGUAAUCUCUUCUCCUUAAGGAUGUGGAGAUUGAUUUUUGACAUCAUCCGCUUCAAUCAAUUUGCUCUGGACCUGCUCAAAAACGACGAUGGCGAUGACGACUCUAAUUCCAAGGGAGGUGCCCCUAUGGAGACCAUUGGCCAGUAUUUGGAUCGGGAAGGGUACUCUGAGACGUUCCGCAACGACUACCUGAUACCUAUGACGGCCGCUGUGUGGAGUACGAGCCCUGACAAGUGUACAUUAGAAUUUCCUGCUGUCACGCUUGUCCGAUUUAUGUGGAAUCAUCACCUCUUAAGUACGGUUGCCGCCAGGCCAGACUGGCUUACUCUAGAAGGCGGCGCAAAAUCAUACAUCGACGCAGUGAUGAAUGGAUUCCCACCGAAUCACUUGUUCUUGAAGACAGCUGUCAAGCAUCUCACUAAUGACAAAAAUGGACGCGUUCGGUUACAUCUAGAGAAUGGGAAGACAGAAGUAUUCGAUCAUGUCAUACUGGCUACUCAUGGAGAUCAAGCCUAUCAGAUUAUCAAGCCGUCAGCUACUCCUGAAGAAGAAGCAAUCAUGUCUUCGUUCAAAACUUCGGAGAACACCUGCAUUCUCCACUCGGAUCUGUCGCAUAUGCCAAAGCGUCAAAACUCAUGGUCCGCUUGGAAUUAUCUCACAGUGUCAUCGCCCUGGACGGGUAAAGAUAUUGAUCAAGUCUCACUGACGUACAACAUGAACAUUCUUCAACAUAUUCCAAGAGAAGGCUUCGGUGACGUCUUGGUCACCCUGAAUCCCAUCCAGGAACCGAAACCUGAAACUGUCCAGGGUCGAUACUCGUAUUCACAUCCAUUGUAUAAUCCCGCUGCGAUUCGGGCGCAGCAAAUUUUACCUAAGAUACAGAAUACGAGAGGAAUCAGCUAUGCAGGUGCAUGGACGAAAUAUGGGUUUCACGAAGAUGGAUUUAGCAGCGGGAUAUAUGCGGCAAGCGCCCACCUUGGAGCAAAGUUACCUUUCGAAUUUGUGGACUCGACAUACAGUCGAGGGAAGAAACCUACGUUGGGAGUCAUGGACUUGUUCGUCAAGCUCAUCAUCAUGGCCGUCCAGGUUUUCAUUAUAAAUGUGCUGGAAGGGAUGUUCGGUAGAACCAGCAAGAGAAUAACAUCACAGGUCAAUGGCACAGGCAAGAAAACGUUGAACGGGAAACAUUCAUAGUCUGCCUACCUAGACUGUAGCAAAACACCUAGGAUGGAAAUGAAUAAUAGCAUAAUUUUCACAUGCUGUCGUGGAUCUCAUCGUUAUCUAGGUAAUAGGUGAUAAUGUUCCCC